AGGUAACAGUUAACUGGGUACAAAGAUGAUUCCAGCAGGCGUACUAUGAAGAUAACGGAACAGUUUAUAUGCAGUGACUGAUAGCGCGCGCGUCAGUUCGCGUUCGCCGCUCGCAAUGCCGGCCUGUGCGCCCGAGUACCGCCUGGUGCGGUCCAACGCAGACCUUAUCUUUUCGCCAAGAGUCAAGAGAUGCUCGCAUCAACCUCCCUUCACGGCCUUACGACGUUCCUUCUCGUCCACGUUCUCCCUCAUCCCUGAAGAACGUGCAGUUCCACCGGAGAGACCAGCACCGUUACCUCGUCUACUACAGAUCAUUACAUGGAUACCACGACAAUUUUUGCGACCGCUGUUUGCGAUAUUUCACAUUAUCGCACAUCCAGCCUGGAAACAAAUUUUGGUUGUUUUACCCACGUUAUGGAUCGCCGCAUCGCUGUUCAUUUUUUGGAAAUGUGUUCAGUGCCCAAUUGGAGUCUUGAAAAUGAUGGGUAGCGCUUUAUCAAGCAACCCUAAGAAACAACGAACAGUGUUAAUCAGUGGAGGAAGCUGUGUGCAAGCUUUACAUUUAGCGAGAAACUUCCAUUCUGCUGGCGCUAGAGUUAUCGCUUUUGAAAUAGAGGGUCAGUUUGCAUUAUUAAAAUAUUCAGCAGCUGUUGAUAAAUUUUAUACUGUACCUAGGCCGAAUCCAGCUGAUCCCUUAGCUUACGCACGGGCCUUAAAAGAAAUCGUAGAAAAGGAAUCUGUUGUAUUUUACAUACCAGUAAGCUCGACAACACCUGCAUACUAUGAUGCACUAGCUAAACCACAUUUGGAAGUGAUAGGAUGUCAGUGUUUUGUGCCUUGUGCUCGCGAUGUUGUUGCAUUGGAUGAUCCCCUAGAGCUUAUUCGCGUUUGCCGAGUGGCAGGUUUAGCCACUCCUCAAUUUUGGGUUGUUGCUAGUGAGGAAGAUAUACGCACUUGGUAUGAAAGCGGGGCUUCGAAGGAAGGAAAACAUUUUAUAGCUAGCGCAGGUGCCAGGGGUGCUCGAGAUCGUCUUAGGUUUAUUUUACCUGAUGAAAGAGCUCACUUUAGAUUUCCACGCGAAGUUAGUGCUGAAAAACCAUGGGUUAUAAUGCGUGAACCUAAAGGAGAGAAAUUGAUGACGUGUACCACAUUAAAGGAAUCGCGAGCUGUUAACAACGUGACUUGCCGCUUGGAUUCUGCUAGAAAAGGAUUAAUACCUCAAAAGGAUGACGAAGCAGACGCAUGGGUGCAAAAGUACGUCGCAUGUCUUACUCCAGCUCGCCCAAUGACUGGACACAUAUCAUUCAGAUUAGUGCGUGAAGAGAAACCUGAAAACGGCAAAGGGAAAUUAGUGGCCAUUGGGGCCCGUGUAGGAGUUUCCUUGCCUUAUUUAUGUCAGGGAUCCAAAGGAUGUGGACACGCAGCAACCGUUGGAAAGCUGUUGGAUACUGUUUUAGAUACACGUGAAGCUCUGUUUGCAUUUUGGGACCCAUUACCUUACUGUGCAUAUUACCAAUCGCGCUCGCCUGAUGACCGCAGGCCGCCGCCGCCAGAGCCUUGCAAGACUCCACCAAACGUGCCGCUGUGAGUCUCUUUGCGGCGUAUGAAACACUCUUGUACCUGACGAGGGCGUGAGUGCACGCUUAUGUUGGCGCACCCGCUGCAUGAUAUCACGCUCUCUAUAUCUGUUGUCCUCUCGUCCGGACGAAACUUAUAAGGUCAAGCGGCGAGAGACGACCGAUGUUUGUAACUACUACGUAGAUAUGAGUACAAUUAUGAUGUAUAAUUGCAAUUUUUAUAUAUUUUAAGAUAGUUAUAGUUAUGUUGUCGAAUACUAUGUUACCUUUAUUUAAAUAACGAUGUGAUUUACGAUAAUAAAGCUAUU